AUGAUGAAGACAAGUGCUCUGCUCGUUGCUGCGAGCGCUUUAGCAGCUGCCUCUCCGUAUCAGUCUCGCCCCCCUGUCUCGACGAUUGAACCUACGCUCACCCAGAUUGAACAAUCAGCCGCCACGGCGACCAGCCUCUCGCCGGUGAGCAAUGUCAAGGGUCUGGUGUUCAACCGCUUCUAUCAGAUCUGGCUGGAGAACACCGACUACUCCGCUGCUUCUGGCGACUCAGACCAGAAGUUCCUUGCUUCUCAGGGAAUCACUCUGACCAACUACUUUGCUGUCACUCAUCCUUCUGAGCCAAACUACUGUGCCGCAGCCGGAGGCGACACCUUUGGCAUGGACAAUGAUGAUUUCAACCAGGUCCCAGCCAACGUGGCCACAAUCGUCGAUCUACUCGAGACCAAGAGAAUCUCCUGGGCCGAGUACCAGGAGGACCUCCCCUUUCCAGGAUUCCAAGGCUUCAACUACUCCAACCAGCAGACCUUUGCCAACGACUAUGUUCGCAAGCACAAUCCUUUGAUCCUCUACAAGUCCAUCACCAACAACGCCACUCGCCGAGCCAUGAUCAAAGGUCUCGAUGGCUUUGAGAGCGAUCUCGCGAACAAGAAGUUGCCCCAAUGGGCGUUUAUAACUCCCAACAUGACCAAUGACGCUCACGAUACCAACAUCACCUUUUCUUCGACAUGGCUGCGGAACUUCGUCGAGCCCCUCAUGAGCAAUGAAUACUUCUGGAACAACACCCUCCUGCUGCUGACGUUCGAUGAGAACGAAUCUUACGGCAUCCAGAACAAGAUCUUCUCCAUCCUCGUUGGCGGUGCCAUUCCCGCACACCUGAAAGGCACCAAGGACAACACUUUCUACAACCACUACUCGACCAUCGCGACGGUCUCUCAGAACUGGGGUCUCCCAUCCCUCGGUCGCUGGGAUUGCCACGCCAAUGUUUUCGAGCUUGUUGCCAACAAGACUGGUUACAAGAACGCCAACGUCAACACCAAGGGAUUGUUCUUCAACUCGUCAUACCCUGGUCCGCUCUCUGACGACCAAUACGUAGCCACGUGGCCGAUUCCCACCAACUCAUCCACCUGUGCCCACGGCAAGGGUGUUUUGAAAUCAGUGGUCAACAACUACAAGGGAAAGGUGGCCACCUUCAACUACACCAGCCCCUAUCCGUAUGACGCGAAAACUGGAAAUGACGUGCCCUGA